UGUGUUUCUGAUCUAUGGUUUCUAUUCUUUCUUUUUAUAUUUGUUUUUGAUGAGGAAGAGGAAAAUUGGGUCCAUCUUUUUGUACACAAACAAGUUUCUGUUAAUGAUUUUGGUCGGAAUGGUUUUCUUUUGUGUUAAAUAACUAGAUGUGACCCGCUAUGGCAAUACUUUAUAUCCGCUAAAAUCAUCGUGCUUGACCGUAUUGUGAUAGUGUUUGUUUAUAUUUUUUCUCAACGACAUGGGGCAGACCUUGUCGGAGCCGGUGACGGCGAAGGAGACGGCGUGCUGCCAGAGCCUGGACAUGCGGGUGGGCUCCAGCUGCAUGCAGGGCUGGCGCAUCAACAUGGAGGAUGCUCACACUCACAUCCUGUCCCUGCCCGACGACCCGGGCACCGCCUUCUUCGGGGUGUACGACGGCCACGGGGGAGCCAAGAUAGCGCAAUAUGCGGGUAAACAUUUACACAAAUUCAUACUUAAAACACAAGCGUAUAAAGAUGGACACAUUGAAGAUGCUAUUCGACAGGGGUUCCUGGAGGUGGACCAGGCCAUGCUGCAGGAGGACUCCCUGAAGGACGAACUGGCGGGCACGACUGCCAUAGUGAUAAUCAUCAAGGACAACAGACUGUUCUGUGGUAACGUGGGCGACUCAAGAGCCAUCGCCUCCCUGAACGGUGCGGUGGACGUACUCUCGCUCGACCACAAGCCGUCCAAUCCCAUCGAGAGGAAGAGAAUAGAGGCCGCCGGCGGGUGGGUCGAGUUCAACAGAGUGAACGGCAACCUCGCCCUGUCCAGGGCUCUGGGCGACUUCGUGUUCAAGAAGAACGACAAGAAGAGGCCGGAAGAACAGAUUGUCACCGCCUUCCCAGACGUGGAGGUGCGUGACUUGAACGAGGACUGGGAGUUCGUGGUGCUGGCCUGUGACGGCAUCUGGGACGUCAUGACGAACGAGGAGGUGGUGGAGUUUGUGCGGGUGCGGCUGGGCGCGGGCAUGGCGCCCGAGGACGUGUGCGAGGACCUGAUGACGCGCUGCCUGGCGCCCGACUGCCACAUGGGCGGGCUGGGCUGCGACAACAUGACCGUGGUGCUGGUGUGCUUGCUGCACGGCCGAUCCUUCGAGCAGCUGUGCGCCCGGUGCGCCUCCCCGCCCGAACAGCACUAGCGCCGCCCCUCCCUCUACCCUAUACCUCUCUGUACAUACAUACACAUAUACAUACUAUAUUUUUAUUCUCGUCACACGUAUUUUUUAAAAGUGAUUUUGCAGGGAUGUCGUGUCCUCGAACGACGUUUUUACUGUCCCUCCUCCAAAUCUUUGUACAUUUUCGUUCAGAGCCGGAUGAUAAAUAAAUUUUAGAAGCAGUUA